AAAAAAUAUAUAAUGGAGGUCCGAAGAAGGGGAACCUUGGGUAAUGAAGAAGAGAGUGAAUGUAAGAAGAUUAAAGAUAGCAGCUUGAUGAACCAACUUUAUUUGAACAAACCUGAAAUACGGCCUGGGUCAAGCCAUCAUGGGAGGGCUGGAAUUCCUGAUACCUUUACUCCUCCAUGCCGGAGUCGGUGGUCGAAGAAAGAACUAGUUUCAGAGAUCUGUGAGCAACUUGCGUCUAAAAAUGGAAGACAUGCAAAUGGAAAGCAAGGGAGAGUAGACUCACUUGGGUAUUAUAAUAAGAACACCAAUAGUUGUGCAAACUCUAGUUUUAGAAAGCCAAAAUCUUCUCACAAGAAUUCUAGGGAUGUAAACAGAGUGAACUCAGGAUCAAAUUCUUCGAAACACCAUAAAGUAUCCAAAGGAUCUCAUGGUCGAUCAAAAAUCAAGAGUGAGAAUAAGAAGAAGAGAAGGGAUCAUAGAUGUGGUUCAAGCAUAGCCCCACAUAAGCUCAACAGGUCGCUUUUUGGAACAGAAAAUGAAUCAAUUCAUCUGGAUAAAAGGAGGUCAAGCAAGAAGAUUAGUGUUAGAAGCAGGUCAAAGUCAAAGAAAUCUCCUAAAGCGAAGAAGUUUGAGGAGUCUUUUGCCAAUACUUCAUUUCACAAUACUAAUCUGGAUAUGUCUCAAAUGUUUAAUUAUUACUCAAAUUAUCCAACGAAGAACUUUCUAAAGAGCUGUACUGGGAAUCACUCUAAAGAGAAGAAUAAUUGAAGAAAACUAAGUAAAAAUCUGAAUAAAGCCUAUCGCUCUUAUAUUUCCAACAAAGUGCCUAAGAAAGGGAAAAGCAAGAGUAAAGGAAGGCAGCCUUAUAUUAUCGUACAGACCCAAAAUAAAAAAUCUAAGAAUGUUCCGAUAGUAUUGGACUCAUCUCAGGGAAGGCAUAAUAAGUCUUCAAAUAAAGGAAAGAGUAAAAACUCAAGAAAGUCAAGUACGAACCCAAAAAUUGCUGCGAGUAUCAAAGACUGGACCGAUGCGAGGUAUACAAGAAUGGAUUUGCAUGACCAGUAUAAUUCUCCUAAGAAAUUUAAGGAAGCUAAGAAGCUAUCUACAAGUUAUUGAUUAUACCCAAAAGGCAUUAACCCUACUGGUCAGAGAAAGAAAUCAGGCAAAAGGUCUAGGUGCCGUGAUGAGAAUAUCAGCAGAGCUAAGUCCAAGGAUAGGGAUGAUCGGAAGAAUUCCAAGUGAAAUAGUGCAAUCAGUACUUAUCAAAAUAGCAUCAUGAGGAAAGACCAGUCGCCUGUUUCAUUUUUCUGCCCAGAAAAUUCUCAGCUAAAUGAGGAUGCUCUCAUAAUGGAUAGAAUGCAAGAAAAUAUGAAGCUUACAACUCAGAUUAAGAAGCUUGGAAAAGAUUUAAAGAAAGAUAUAAAAUCCAUUGAUUCUAAAUGAAAUAAAGCAAAAAGGUCGGUGAAUACACCCGUGUAUUCCACUAAGAUAGAGGAAGAGAAAAUAAACUGUGCGCUACAGACUCUCUUCCAGAUUUCCGAGUUGGAUCCUUUCUCAAGCAAACUCUUCAGCAUUAUAAAGGAAGGAGUGGAAGGUUGUAUUCAGAACCUUGAAUGAAGGGAGAAGCAUAAAAACAUCCAACUCCAGGGAACUCUUAAGAAAACGGAGGAAGAACUUAAUAAAGAGAAAAUAGAGAAAGAAUUACUUGAGUGUCAGUACACUGAAAUGCAACAAAGGAUUAAGAAGAUGCAUAAGCUUGAUAAGGAGUAUAAGAAGUUGAGGCUCCAGCUAGCUCAACAUAAGGACCAGGAACACAAAUUCAACGAACAAAUUAACUGGCUUCAUGGCAGAGAGCAGGAGGUUAUUAAAAGAUUAGAUCUAGGUGAAAUUGACCUCCUGACUGAUAGGCUUGGGGUUUUUGGUGUAGAAGUAGAGAAGGAAGAACCCAAGCCGAUGAAAAAGAACCCUGUGCCUCCUAUUGACAUGGAAAAAGUAAGACUGACGAAAGAACAGGACGAAUAUGAGGAUGAAGAAGAGGAAGAGGAGGAAGAAGAUGCCAAAGCACAUAAACAGUACCUAGAAGUCAGUAGUGCAGUGAAGUCCUCUGAUCAAAGAGAAGAAGAUCUGAAGAAGAGAAAGGAGAAGGUCCUUUCUCUCUUAAAUGAAACUUUCCAGGAAAAUUAA